UUGUAUACUUCUAAGUGGGACGAGAAAAUAGAGUUAAAAGUGUCCCGGAUUCCCCCCAUCCUACUGUACUUGAAGUGUAAUAGCAAUACAAGCAGUUUCAUGUUUUUUUGUCGUUUGAUUUGCGUUUAGGUUUUGUCAUAUUAAGUGCAGGGGGCGUCGGAACAGAAGUCUCGGUGUUUUGGUAACAAUUAAUAUUUGAUGAUAUUUUAAAUGAGUAAGGACUUGUCACGCGCGUGGGUAGCGUUUAAGCUUUGUGGUUUUUAAGUAGCACAUAGAAAUAAUAUCAUGUGAUAUAUUAUGUUUAUGGUGGAUGUCAAUAUUGUAUACGCACAAAGAUCGAACUCUAUUUUUACAGCGAUCGCUUUCACAGGUCUUAAAAUGUAAAGACGCGAUGUAUAUAUAGCGCCUUUAAUUAUUUAAACGGCCUUGUGUGGGGUCCUGGAAUGCGGUGAUAAACACAAGAUGGGAAAGUACAAACUAAUUAUUUGUGCACGACAACAUGCGACCCGGUGUACAGACACACACUGAGAUAUGAAAAUGUCACGGAUUAAUUUUUUAUUAUCAAAGCUGCAGUCAUGCAGGAAUAUUCAUUAAGUAGCAGAUGCUGCAGUAACAAUAUAACUCUCAAAGCCCACUGGGUUGCUAUAUACCGAACGUGUAAUUAAACCAUUGGUUUGGUUGGGUCGUAUAAAACCUUCGAACUUUUAUUGCGAAAAUCAAAACUUUUUGUUGUUACAGUAGGGUAGGAAAAAACGGGAGAUUUUAGCGCGAAAUGUUCAAAUAUCCUGAUCGUGUUUUAAACAAUUAACAACGGUCUAUGUGAGUCGUAAAAAUGCGGUUUUAUAAUUUUUUAAAUGUUUUUUUGUUUACCAUCGAAUGGAACGAGAAAAUAGAAUGAAAAGGUGUCCUAUCUUCCGCCACUCUAUUGUAUGUUGUGUGCCUACUGAAAAUAUUAAAUGCAUACUUUCAAUAAAUGGGUCGUUGAACGCUACGCUAUUCAUUACUAAAAAAGUUAGAUUAGCAGGGCCAGAUUCACGAAACGAACAUUGUUAUUUCGAAGCCUCUAUAAAUAAGGAUCCGAUUUUUUCUUUUUUACAGAUCACGCAAGAUAUAUGUUUAAAAUGGAAUUAAAACUUCUCCCGUUUAUUAUACUUCAGUACAUUGUAAGUGGGUCCCAAUGCAACGGCAUCUACCAAACCACGGCUUCUACUAACACAGACGGGGACCCAUUCCCAACCGUGGACCCAAAUGUGGCUCUGCAAGGCCAAUGCGUCAUCGUUUGUGACGCAGCACUUCCAAUUAUGCGGAAACAAUCAUCAUUAGGUCAAAGGUCACAACGGGUCGCAUUCUCAGUUACCAGAACAUCGGACGCGUUGGGAGAAGGAAUGUUCACUUAUCGAACAAAACAAGGGGAGAUCCGAACCAUCGUAACUUUCGAUUCAAUCUUACUCAACUAUGGGAAUUGUUACGACACAGCGAGGCACCAUUUCACGCCAUCUGUUAACGGAGUCUACUCGCUUGAGUUCCGGAUUAUUAAAACGUUCAACAGUAACGGCUUAGUGGUCGCUCUUACGGUAAAUGGUGGCGCGAUGGUUCAUGCUUUCGCCGAUGCUAACGGUGCAGACCAUGAGACAGCAAGUAACGGCGCUCUGCUGCACCUAGUGAAAGGGGAUCACGUAAGGAUAGAAGUGGUAGAGGGCGCCCUCGGGGCGGGGUGGAAAUAUUCAACUUUUACAGGACAUUUAUUGUACGAGGACAUGCAGUAACUUUCUUCUAGUAACGUAGAGUGAUGACGCCAUAGUGAUGACGUCACACAGACGUUAAGAGAAGCAGUGACGUGGAAGCUCCACAACAUAUAUUACUUCUACACCACUUGCUUGAAACCUUAGCCAAAGAAUGUCAAUAUACUUUCUAAGAUAAAUACACUGCUUGACUUUUGCAAACCGCUUGGAUUACGUCACCGUGACGUUACGACUUAUGAGUUACAAGUUUCAAUAAUGAACGGUAAUAUUGACCUAUUAUCAAUGAUAUAUAGUAGGGUGGGGAAAGAUGGGACACCUUUUUACUCUAUU